AUGCAAAGGCGGGUCGACUUCACCGAAGUCAUGAACUCUCGCCAAUGUGUCUACCUCCCUACAGAGGUCUUAAUACACAUCGCCAAAUUCAUUUUUGAUGGUUGGAGGAAUAAUGCCGACCCCCCAAGUUACCAAGUCACGCUUCAAAGAUUUUGUUCGGUCUCUCGCCAGUGGUACUCUGCUGGCAUCGAAUUUCUCUACUACCGACCUCAACUUGACGAAGGGAAUAGCUUCUUGCUUUUCACCAACACUGUGUGCCCAUCGAUUCGCUCCCGAGGGCGAAGAAAAGUAGACUUGGGUUCGCUAGUUCAUGUCCUGAACCUCGGAUCAUUGGUCCAUCACAGCUCGAAUAGCCUAACGGCACGGCUUCUAGGUCGAGUGAAGAAGAACCUGAGGACUUUUGUUGCUCCGAGGAUCUCUUUUUCUAUCAACAGCCUUGCACCCUUAGCAAAAUGCAAGGAGCUUUGCUAUCUUUCCCUUGAUUUAGUAGCUGAGCCAAUCGCGCUCCCUGCUAUCAAGAAAGCCAUCAGCAAUAUCGACAAACUGCAAUCUCUUGAGCUCUCAUCUUCAACUCUCAUCACAGACGAUAGUUCCACUGAAGAUUGGCCGCCCAAUCUAAGAUACCUCCGGGUUGGCGGGCAAUUUGUUACAGAUAAAAUGUAUUCAUUCAGGUGGCCUCCCAACUUGGUAUCGUUGACAUUAUGUGGUUGUUACAGUCUGAACACUCCCAUCUUGGAAGAUAUCCUCAUCAACGAGCAGCUCCGUACCACACUUAUGCAGUUGAUCAUCCACAGUGCCAAUAGCGAGAUGUUCAAGGAGGGACCAUCUGGGAUCUUACGCGCACUCAUGGCUUUAGAGUCUCUUCGAAUACCCAUUGAUCUGCUUUACGAAUUUCUCAUUCUUCCUGCAUUCGACUCAAGGGAUUCUCCUCUGUCAAUUCGUGGACUGGAGCUCACGGCACCAUAUAACGAGAACUUUUCUACAGUCAUUGAUCCCGAUGAUAUUUGCAAGGCCCUGAAAAUGAAUCUCUCUCGAUUGUGCGCUCUUGGUAUCAGCGCUAGCUGCCUUGGAAUAAUACCCGAAGCAUCACAUGCCAAAAUCGACAAGUGGUUGUGGAAGAACAUUGAUAAGUGUCCUGAGGAAGAGCUUGAUUCUCUUUUUGACUUGGGUCUCUAUGUCAUGGCUGAGCCAAUGUGCUAA